UGUGCGGCCUCAACAUUCCAUUCCGAGAGAUCGUCUGUAGCGCAGGGGCACAAAUCACUGUACAGAGAAAAUGUCUACAAUGUUGGACAGGUACGUGAGUGUGGAGAAAAUAUUGUACGUGAUCAUCGCCGUCAUUGGAGUUCCUGUGAAUUUUGUGACCAUUGUAAUCCUGUCCCGGAGAAAGUGCGGCCUUUCUACCUGUAUCACUCACUACCUGGUAGCCAUGGCAACGGCGGAUCUACUGACCAUUGCGACCGAGGUCAUUUUGAUUCAAAUCAUUGGGCUUAACUUCACGUGGAGUUUUGUGAAUAUCGACCCUUUGUGCCGGGUUGUCGAUGUACUGAUGUACACAGCCAGUGACUGCUCUGUCUGGUUCACGGUCACUUUCACCUUUGAUCGGUUUGUCAUUAUUUGCUGCACGAAGCUGAAAACAAAAUAUUGCACCGGGAAAACUGCGGUUGUGGUUCUAACAACAACCGGUGUACUGUGCUGUCUGAAAAACGUUCCGCGGUAUUUCACGUGGAAACACUGGGUGACCAUCGACAAUACAGAGUGGUUCUGUAUUAACUUGGACAAUUACUUCACUGACCCCGGGUGGGUAGGAUAUGACUGGCUUGAUACGAUUUUAACUCCAUUACUACCUUUCGCUGGGAUCCUCCUGCUCAACGCUCUGACAGUCAGACACAUUUUACUGGCCAGUCGGGUCCGUAAGGGGCUGAGAGGUCAGAGCAAGGGGGAGAACCGCAGUGACCCGGAGAUGGAGAGCAGGAGAAGGUCUGUGGUUUUACUCUUCACCCUCUCCGGCAGCUUCAUCCUCCUGUGGAUGACGUACACUGUACAUGUCAUAUACUAUCAGAUUUCAGGAAAAGGAUUCGAUUCCAAUUAUUCUGAAAUGAUCUUUCCCUACGUCGGGAAUUUCCUGAGGGAUAUCAGCUGCUGCACGAACACCUUUAUUUACGCGGUCACACAGUCGAAAUUCAGGGAGCAGGUGAUCAGUGCCGUGAAAUAUCCGGUCACCUCGGUGCUUCAGUUCAUUAAUAAAGUCACGUCCUGA